AAGCCUUAAACGGUAACUUGUACUCGACCAAGGGCGGAGCUGGGGAAUACUUUAGGAGGAUUAUCACAUUUCUCCUAUACCGACGUCAAGGUACUCUCUCCUUGCAGGUAGCUCCUUACCCUAUCUAUCUGUGCAUUGUUGGCUGCUAUUACCUAGAAGCUGCCACCGAGCUUCCCUGAGCGGAGCUCAUCCGUCUGCGGAGCUAAAGUUGCUUUCCCCAGAUUAGCCCUUCUCUGCGCAAGCCCGAUGGCUCAAGCUUCGACAGCCGAUUCGUCGCGAGAACGUGCUGUCUCCUCCGAGCCUUGCUCGACCCGCCCAAAUCCGUUCGACGAAGACGACGACAACCUGUCUGCCCGGAAGCGACGUCGCACGUCCUUGACCAGCGAUUCUCGGAGCCGGUCGGCCGAGACCUUCGAAUCAACUCCGAGCUCCCCCGCAGCGGGCAUGUCCGCCCCCGAGCAGAGGAGCGAUUCUGCCAUGAAGAUUGAUCCGGACCCUGCCAUACCCACAACCCCAGAACGGCAGCAACUCACCGCUGAGCCCGGUACGGAACCGCGGUCCAGCCGCGUCACGAUCAAUGUGCGGACGCCAUCACAACAGCCCCUCGAGGCAUUACCCCCAUCCCCGCCAUCGCCCUCCCAUAGAGCUCGGAGUGUCACCCCGCCCUCUGCUACAUCCCGACCCGAUGCCGCGAGAAAAAGCGUGGAGGAGCUCGGGACCGACUUGCCGGCUAACGGUAUGCUAUCCGAGACUCCCUUGUCGUCAAGUUCGGGCAGCGGUAGCCCUCCCAUCGAGGUCAUCUCCGUGACGGGCGAGGAUGACGCCGAUUUCGAUGACGACGAGUCCAUCACUAUGCUGGACGAUUCGGGUCGGUCACUGGAAUACGAUCCUACGGCCACCUUUCCGUUCCACGACGCCACAGAAUCAUAUCUGGAGACCGUGAUCCGGCUAUUGCAAUACUUGCCGACCCACGAACAAGUGUCCCGCGCUUUCGUCGAAUGGAUUGACAAGUAUCUCAGUUUUGUCAAGGCCGCUUCCUCCGCUGCAGUUGAGGAUUCGUACUUUUUGUACCGGGAUAUGUGGCAAGCUGUGCCCCAUUUGGUCCUCCACAUGGUCAACCGGAAGUCGCCCUAUCCUCGGUCCAAGGAUCUGCGGCAGGAGAUCUUUGCGUUUUACAGGUCCUUUUCACAAUUGACGGCUUUCUUCGUCGAGCUCGACCUCCGAACCAUCCGGAACCCGUCCUUGUCAGACCAGGCGCGCAUUCAGGCGCUCGCCUCACCGCCAUAUCUUCACGCCCUGGGGUCACUGACGCGCCGAGAAGAGGUGACAAUGCACAGCUCCUCGCCGCACCUGCGCAAUGGAGAGGAGGACUGGAGCUAUCUCGCCGAGAUGUCUGCCGUUAUUGACACAUUUCAGAACUUCCCGGCCAGUCAAGGAGGCUCCCUCGCAAACAUCCGACAGCUGGCCUCGUUUGAACUGCGUCACGUCUCCCAGUUUCCCCGGGUGGUAACUGACCACCUCGGAAACCUAUGCCUCGUCGCGGGAAACAUCAUGAAGUGCGUCUACCAUAGGCCACAAUAUCUUGGUCAGCAGAUUAGCGAGUCCGCGAAGCGCCUCGUUAGCCGCAUGUACUCGGUCUUCACGGCCAUGGCCUCUAUGCUGUCGGACAUCGUCGAGAAAAACUUGAAUCAACUAUCGCCCGAGGGCGCAGGAAACCUCAUCGAGGGAGCCACAGAGAUAUAUCAAACCUGUCUCGCUACACCUGGGGUCGUCCCGUCGGAAGUCGUCAAUAACCACCUCCAGGAUCGGCCGCCCGUCGCACCACAUCUCGCACCAGAGGCAAUGGCCUACCAUUGGAAGUUUUCGCACUUCGUCAAGCUCAUCAAAUCCAGUCAGAUGCAACUGCGCGUCAUGGCCGUGAGUACCAUGUGCAGCAAUCUGGUGGCUCUGUAUCGUAAGACGGCGGAGCCACCAGGCGACGAAGCUCCCUUCGGUCUCCUGCAGUACAUUGCCGACUUCCUCCUCAGCACCGGCUUGGUCAACUACGUCUUGGGUCCGACCUGUCAUCCGGAAAUUACCCUCGAAAGCAGCAACAUUAUCGGCUUUCUCGUUGUCUCGCACACAUAUUCCCGGGCCCACACCGACACCUUCUGGCAGACGGUCACGUCGACGCAGGAUCCCCGGGUAUCUGACGCCCUCAUACGCAUGAUCGGCCGCAUUGCCAACCUCUUCCCACUGGACGCGUUGAUGUGUUUUCUUGAAAAGCUUAACACGGUGCCCGUGGAGAACUUUGGAUCAACCAUGCGGGAAUUCUGCGACCAGGUUCUCAAGCAAAUUCUCACCCGCUUCAUGGACAGCCUUGUUACCGAGUCUAUACCCUUUGACCUCUUCAUCCGCCUCAUCCGCCAGUCCUCCGUGUUCGGGUCGCAGUCCCCGGUUGCGUAUCCCGACAUCCAGCAAUUUGCGAUCCAAAAACUCGACAGUAUACUGGGUCAUGGGCCCGGCCAAGAUGGACGCUGGAACAUCUUCCGCGACUGCUUAAGCGACAUCGCUAAUCCAUCCCCGUCUACGAUAGGGAGCCUCUGGGUACUCAAGAUGACGAGCCGUUUUCAGUAUGGCAGGGAUCUGCACGAGCUGACGUCCGAGCAUGACCUGACCAGGCUCCUAAUCGAUGAGCUUGCCGCAGCGGUUCCCGCAACGAAGUCUGCAGGUUUCUCGACCACUAUCAGCGGACCUCAGAAUGCACCUCGGAAGGAGCUGCUCAUGUCAAUCAUUUACCAAGAGCCCGCUUCUCUCACAAAAGACCUUGGGCCGAAGCUCUGGAGUCUGCUUGUCGGCCCAGAAGCGGCAUGCCAGGAGGAUCGAGAUGCCGCGUGGCAGAUUCUGACGCUGGCCAUGAAACGGAGCGCGGGCGAGAACCCCUUCACAUCAACUUGCUUUUCAGAGUACCUCCCGGCCCUGCACCCCAAAUAUUUCUGUCAUGGGACUCUCGAUUUUGUCCGCGAGGGCGUGAUGCCACUGGUGAACGACCCUACCAGUAUCGUCCUGGACGACGAUGAGAAUCCCAACCACUCUGGGAUUGAGAUGCUGUGGCGGCUUGCUCUUACUGCACCGACAGGAACUGUUGAGCAAAGGGCCAUUCACACGUUAGUCAACGACGUGUACAUUGAGAGCCGUUCCAUCCAGUCAUUCUCGCACUACCGGGCUCGGAAAGUCCAUCUCGCCCUCGUUGACCGUUGCCUUCGCCAGCUGUCUUCGGCAGCCGCAAAGUUGAGAGCCUUUGCUAAUGGCGUUGCUGGCGGAGGGGAUGACUCCAUGGAAAUAGUUGCCACGGAUGAGCAAGUUCAAGAGCAGGAGCUAUUGUUCGUCCGCUCGCUGGCGGUCCUGAGAGAGUUCCACCAACUCCAUCAGUCCAGGCCGGAGUUCUCCGCACCGGACAUGAGAUCGCUCCUUCUCGAGUCCCCGAAGGAUAUUGAAGGGGAACCAGCAGAACUGAAGUACCAGUCAUUUGAUGGGGACAAGCAAACCACCGUCAUGCCCCUGAAGAUCGGCAAGCGGAACACGGCUGCGUCGCUGCUUGCGAGUCUGCGGGAAGCGACGGGUUUCAACAGCUACCGUAUUUACUACCGUGGGAGGCCAUUUGUUCCCCAAGAGAGCGACAUCUGCAAAUCCCUUGAGGACCUUCAGAUUCACAACGGCAUCAUCCUCGUCAAGAAGGAGCCUGAGGCUCCCGCCUCCCCAAGAGUUCCCCAGGGCGCAUCUCCCGUGGAGAUUGAGAUCCUGAGCCAUUUUGACGAACUCUGGGAGUAUCUUUCAAUGGAGGAAAAGCUUGCUCGCGAGAUAUACGGUUUUCUGGUCAAGCUCCCGGCUGAUGACAAACUUCUGGAAACCAUCGGCGACCCUUCUGUCUCCUACAAGGACACAUUUUCCCUGGGACAACCAUUCAAAUCACUCUACGCCGUUAAUGCUCUCCAGGAAUAUCUCGACAGUUGUCGACCGGGCUCUCCUGCUUCAGAUGAAAGGAGGAGUCACGAACGAGACGAGGCUUCCGGUUUACGUUCAGCUCCCUUGCUUCGGUCCCUUUCCCUUGUUGUCCGAGCAAUCUCAGAUCCCGAGAUCGUCUCUCAUUGUUCGAAUCGGGAGCUCCAGAUUGAGCUGAGCUCUGCUCUUGUCUCGUUGCUGGCUUCUCUUCUCAGAGAUCCGGAGCUUCCGGCUUCCGCCGCUCAAUUUCUCGACGCGCCGCUUUUGGAUCGCCUCCUAGCCAUCCUAUCGAUGGCUACCCCGGCGGACUCCCCGAAGAGUGCCACCAAACAUAUUGCCCUCUGUCUGCAGAGCAUCUUGGAGUCUUGCUGCACAAGCAGCGACUUCAUGACGGCGUUCUCCACCCAUUCAGAUGUUCCACGGAUCAUCGGCGAUCUUCUUCUCAACGACCCACGGGAGACGGUCAGGCAAACGACUGCAAUGCUCCUCCGGGAAAAGUCAGGCACAGCUGCAGAGGGUGAAAGAUAUUCCAACAAGGAAUCCGCAACGAUUGCGAAAUUUCGAGACUUCUUUUGGCCCUUAGUCUCCCAGCUUGUCGGGCCAGCGAUUUCCAAGACGGAUAACUCGACGGAGAUCCUUGAACUAUGUUUUGACAUGCUCCAGACCCUGGAAGAGACGCAUCCAGGGUCCCCCAACCUCGAGCAGCUCUCCCAUCACUGGUUAAACCUGCUUCUCAACUACACCACAUCCGAGGAUCUCACCAGGCCCGCCGAGCCUGAUGUGGUUGCGGCCGGCCUUGUUCGGCUCCUGCACACCAUCAUAUGUAGGAGAGGCGAGCAAGUCGGCCGGGGUGUGCUUUCAAGACGGGGGCUUGCGCGAAGGAUCUUUUGGAAACACCUCUUCCCGCCUCGUGAGGAGUACGAGAAGGAAUUCGGGCCGGGUCGGCCAAUUGCUUGUCCCCAGACUCGCGGUUGGCUUAUGGAAAUCAUCUUCACAAUGGUCAAAGACGACCCCACCGAAUUCAUGUGGCUUCUCGAGGACAUGGAUGACUUGGUCCCGGUCUUUCCCAACCAAGAAGGGGAUGUCUAUGCAUACGAGUUGCCUCAACAAUUCGAGAGGUCAAAAGCCAUUAGAGCGCCGUGCGGCUACCCUGGCGUUCGAAACUUGUCCAACACCUGCUACUUCAACUCGCUGUUGACGCAGCUAUUCAUGAACGUCGACUUUCGCGAGUUCAUGCUUGGGGCGACCGUCCAAGACCGGGAAUACAGCCAAAAUCUGCUUUUCCAGACUCAGAAGUUAUUCGCCUUUUUGCAAGACAGCGUCCGGCCCUUCAUUAACCCUGAGGAGUGCGUUGGGAGCAUCAAGACAUACGAGGACACACAAAUCGACGUCGUCAUUCAAAUGGACGUUGACGAGUUCUACAAUCUGCUGUUUGACCGCUGGGAGGGACAGUUCCUCACCAGUGACGAGAAAAACCGGUUCCGUUCCUUUUACGGUGGCCAACUGGUUCAGCAAGUUCGCUCUCAAGAGUGCGAGCAUGUUUCUGAGAGGCUCGAGCCCUUCUCGGCUAUUCAGUGCGAUAUCAAGGGGAAGAGCUCGUUGCAAGAGAGCCUGCAGGCUUAUGUCGAUGGUGAAAUCAUGGAAGGCGAUAACAAGUACAAAUGUUCUACCUGCGAUCGUCACGUCGACGCCGUCAAGAGGGCGUGUCUCAAGGAUGUCCCAGACAACCUUAUCUUUCACCUGAAGCGCUUUGACUUCAACCUCAGAACAAUGCAGCGGAGCAAGAUCAACGACUACUUCUCCUUCCCAGACAAGAUCGACAUGCGGCCGUACACUAUCGAACAUCUGAGCAACCCUAACCAAGAACAGCUGGAGGACAUUUUUGAACUUGUAGGCGUCCUCGUCCAUACCGGAACUGCCGAAUCGGGCCACUAUUAUUCCUACAUCCGGGAGCGCCCAACCCUCGGCGACACGCAGACGUGGGUCGAAUUCAACGACGAGACGGUCACCCCAUGGGACCCGGCCUCAAUGGCGAACUCUUGCUUCGGGGGCCCGGAUUACCAAUCUCAGUUCCAGUCAGGCAACACAGUCUUUGAGAAGCAGUACAGUGCCUACAUGCUGUUUUACCAGAGGUCGUCGUCUCUCGCCAAGAGGCAGGAGAGCCUGCCGCGUCUGGGGCGCCCGGCCCCUUUCCGCGUGAAGAUGCCCGAGGACAUAGAGGAAUUCAUCCACGAUGAGAAUGCCUGGCUGCUCAGGAGACAUUGUCUGUUCGAUCCUUCCCAGAUCCAGUUUGUGUGCUUGGCUCUCUUCCAGCUGAAGAGCCUAUAUCCAAAUGGAUGCUCACCGGACCAUGCUCUGGAAACACAAGCGAUCGCGAUGGCUCUGAGUCACCUGGAUCAAGUGGCGUCACGAACAAAGGAUGUUCCGGACUUCUACAACCUUCUCACCCGCAUCCAGGUCAUGUGUGACAGUUGCGCUCACUGCAGCGUCGCCGUCCACGACUAUUUCAGCAGAUACACCUUCGCUUUUCGCAUGCUGGUGCAGAGAAACGUCGACGAGGAGGUGCGACAGGCCACAGCCAACUUUAUGAUUCAGGUGCUUCAGUUGAUCAAGGAACGAGUCCCGGCGCAAUAUGGUAUUCCGUCUCCGGAAGAAGAUGGCGAAUCGGAUGCAGAAGAAGUGGACGGGAGGCAAUCCGUCAUCGCGGGGGUGUUGCGCAUCAUCGAGCACCUGUGGCAGGGUUUCCACAUGAACUUGCGUUCAUGGCACGAAGUAUUCGACUUUAUGCUGUCCUUCGUCAAGCUGGGUCGCCACGAGCUGGCGGCUUUCUUAGAGCACCCACAUUUCCUCAAGUGGCUGAUAUGGAUUGUGUGGGCAGAUACCCAGGCAGAGCCGUUCCUCUCUCCGCAGUUUGUCAAGAUGGUUGCCGUGGUCUCUAGGCGAAUGCCGAACCGGCCUCCAUCGUACGAAACUAUCAUCGCGCUGCUGGAUUACAUACUUGCAAACACGCGGCUGCCGACCAACAUCGAAGGGAAUCUCCCGACCGCGGGUGCCGUGGAGCCUGGCGAGGCCAGCACUGAUUCAGACCAGCUGUUUGAGAUUGGGCUCGACGAGGCCAGCAUCAUCUAUCGAAUGGGGCCCCGUACAGUCCCGGUCAACGUAUUUGUGGACAGGCUGAUUACGAUUGCGCAGAACCCUGCGUCGACCAAUUCGAUCGUCGCAAACCUGAUGAAGCAGAAUCGCCAGAUGGAGAAUGCAAUCUAUCGCACCCUACUCUUCCGGAUUUCGGGACAGCUAGGCCACCCGGUCUCGCCAUACUUGCGUGUGGCCGGGAUGGUGUUUUGUCGCAACGCGAGCGACGCAGCCAUGAUCAACAACCUGAUCAAGCACGUCUCACAACAGUGCAUGUCGCUGCAAAAUGCUGAGGGCAGAGCUUUCUUGGAUUUUAUGAGAGAGACUUUUGACGGCCCGCGGCCGAGAUCCGGGGAAACGCGACAUCAAAUCAUCAUGACGAGCCUCGAUAGGCUUCCAGACUGGGCGCCCGGCCUGCUGGGCUACUUUGACACUUCGGUCAUUGACGGGACGGAGAUCUUCUUGCAGGACAAGCUAUUCCAAUACCGCACCUUCCGCCCUCCUACCGGAGAAGAGACGGGCCAGGCAGGGGAACUGGCCGAGAGGAUGAGGGUGACAGCAAGGGCACUGGGGUUUAGGUGCCUGCACUAUCUGCACGAGAACUACGUCCUCCGCAACGCCGAGGUGACGGAGCGCGCCGUCGCUGGCCUGCAGAGGGUUAUCAAGAACUGCAGCAGGUACUUCAACCUGAAGGAGCCAGCGGAGGAUGACGAGGCAGCAGAGUUUGUGCAGCUCAACCAGAGUAUCUUCGAUUCGCUAGCCGGGCUUUUGGUCGUCGACGAGCUAGAGGAAGACGGUUCAGGAAUGUAUUAUAGCGACGACUCGAGCGUCGCGUCGAGCAACACGGCUGGCUGAUGCUAGGGUCAUGCUGGCGGAUUUGGCGAGAACACCACGUGCG